GACUCAAGUGGCUCAGUUCGUGAGCUGUAAGGCUGAUGGCGCCCUUUCGCAUAUGAUGAGGGUGUGGAUGCCUCCUCUUUCUACCUACCUAGUCCGCAUCAGUAUCACGUUUCGUGCGUGCAAACUUGACGCUUAUAAAACCUUUCGUCGCCUCUCUCACUUCAACUUUUCCUCUUACACAACUCGCCUCCAUCCUCUCUAGCUAUAUUCAUCACAGGUCUCAACUAUCCUUCCCUACAAGGAGAGACCACCCUCAGCAACAAGUCUUGUGUGAGCGAGGAAGCCCUUUGAUUAGGUAUUCCUGGCAUCCUUACUCCAGGUCCGGAGAUUUCUUGCUCUCUGUGGGCUUGUCAUACACUCUUGACAUACAACAUUCAUCGACGCACGUUAGCAUGAUAGGACCAUUUGCGUUCCUGCAGACCAUCUCCCACGCCCAAAGUAUGGAGACCCUCAACACAACUGGCGAGGCCACUGGUCUCCCAAGUGCGCCUCCUUCACAGUUUGCCAUCUUGGACUUUCUAUUCCCUGGCUUUUCCACCUUUUCAAGUAUCGUCCAUGCUUAUCUCGGUAUCGACCUUAACCUCUACAUCCCCCUCCUCCUGGUUAUCUCCGGUAUCAUGUUUGCCUGGAACUAUAUCACUGAGUAUUCAUGGAGCAUCAUUGGUCAGCAUCUCAUGUCUGCCGUACGCAUUCGCACCGACGAUGAGAUCUACAACAUAGUGAUGGCCUGGGUGGCAAACCAACGAUUUGCCCAAGGUUCUCGACGUUUCAUGGUCAACACAAACAUCAACUCUAGGAGUUGGUUCUUGUUUCGAUGGGAUGACGAAGACAACGAAGAGGAAGAAUCUGGCUCAACUAAGAAGCCUCUUCAGUAUACCCCUUCGGUCGGUUCUCACUUCUUCUGGUACAAGGGCCAUAUCCUUCUCUUCGAGCGCCAUGAGAACCGUGAGCGCUCUGGGUUCCUGACCUCGAGCGAGCGAGAGGAACUGUCCAUCUCUUGCUUCGGUCGCAACCCCCGUAUCAUUAAGGAGCUCCUUGUCGACGCUCGUGAACAGUAUCUGAAAAAGGACGAGAGGAAGACCAUCAUUUACCGUGGUUCGCUUGGUCAAAAUGGCGGCGAUCCAACAUGGCAACGAUGCAUGAGUCGAGCUAGUCGCCCCAUUUCCACGGUUAUCCUCAACGAAAAGGUCAAGCAAGACGUGAUUGCGGACGUCACCGACUAUCUUGACCCCAACACCCGCCGCUGGUACUCCAACCGCGGUAUCCCUUACCGCCGUGGGUACCUUCUUUACGGCCCCCCUGGAACCGGAAAGAGUUCGCUUAGUCUGGCCUUGGCUGGUUUCUUUCGCAUGCGAAUCUACAUGGUCAGCUUGAGCUCUACCAUGGCUAGUGAAGAGAACCUCGCAACGCUUUUUGCCGAGCUCCCUCGCCGUUGUGUGGUACUUCUGGAGGAUAUUGACACUGCUGGUCUCACUCAUACUCGUGAGGAUACAAAGGGUGAAAACACAGCAGAAGCUGUUGUGCCUGUCACCACCGCACCCGCCAAGCCUGGUCUCCCCCCUACUACAGCACCUGCGCUCCCGGGUCGACUUUCACUAUCGGGACUCCUCAAUAUCCUUGAUGGUGUCGCCUCUCAAGAAGGACGCGUCCUUAUCAUGACUACCAACCAUCUUGAGAAGCUUGACAAGGCUCUUAUCCGUCCCGGCCGUGUCGAUAUGAUUGUUGAAUUCGGUCGUGCCGACGUUGAUAUGAGUGCCUCCAUCUUCCGUGCCAUCUACGCCCCUUAUGAGGGAGAGGGUGCGUCUGGAAAGGACGUGGAAAUCCUGGAACCCGAGGAGGCUCAGAGGCAGGCUGCGUUGGCUGAAAAGACCCGCCAGGAGACCAUGGAGCGAGUUAAUGCUCUUGCCGAUAAGUUCGCUGCCAAGAUGCCCGAGCUCGAAUUCAGCCCUGCCGAAAUCCAAGGAUUGCUUCUCAAGCACAAGCGUAACCCCGAGGCCGCCAUCGACGCUGUGGAUGAGUGGGUGGUUGAAACUCGCAAGGAGAAGAAGCAAAAGGAAAUCGAGGAUGCGGAGAAGCGACGCAAGGAGGAGCAGGAGGCUCGCAAGGCGGAAGCCAAGAAGAAGCGCAAGGAGGAACGAGCAAAGGCGAAGAAGGCCAAGGCUAAAGCCAAGCGAAAGAGUAACGGCGAGAGCUCUGGUUCCGACUCUUCUGAUUCUGAUACCGAAUCCGAGACUGAAAACCGCACCAACGAGAAGAAGGAUGAAAAGAAGGACGACAAGGACACGGAGAAAUCUGAAGACAAGCCUAUGGAGGUUGAGGAAAAGAAGAAACUGGAGGUUCCAGACGAGGAUGUAAGCAAGUCCAAGGGAACUUCUGAUUCUGGAUAUGACACCCCCAACACUGCUUCGUAAUCAUUUGCAUGCGUGGAAGAGUCUGAUAGAGAACGCAUACAGCGGCGUUGGAUGGAAGUUUUCUGCAUUUAUCAACUUUAAAGAUUGAGCAUCUCCAAUAGCGUCAGCGUCGCUUUGAAAAUACACUUAAUAGCCAUACUUCAGUUUGUCAAGUCUUUGCUUUUCACAGUGGCUCAUAUAUCACAAAAGUUAGCAUAAUGAUAGUCCAACUUGUGAGCUGUGCAGCUUUCAUCGAAUCUGAGU